AUUUAUCUUAGCCAAGUCCGUCAUGGUUGUAUCAGCCUUGUCCAUCCAAGACAUGAUCAUAUCUGUAUCUUCCCCACUAACAACAUCUUCAAAAGUUAACUUCUUUAAAUUGCUGAUAUUUUGACCUCAGUUUUGGCUUAUAAAUGGCUAGGGCACUUUGUUCCUGAAAAUAAACCCUGGGCACAUACCCAUUUCAAUACAUUGUUUCGAUCUACUUAAGCUUGUUUUCAGUUUCAUUAAUUGCACCAAUCCUAGUCAAGUCCAUCAUGUCUCUGUCCACCCUUGUCGUAAGAAAACCACUGAAACGCACUGACAGGCUCAAAAGGUUUGCCAUCCCAGCACAGACAUUACACUUGUUCCCACAAUUUAAUGGUCAUCAUUUGGUGCCUGUGAACUUUUGGCAAGGCCCCAUCAUUUGGCCUAUGGUCAUAUCCACUCGUACACACGGCCACAAAAAACCUGUAAUCUCCAAGGGUUGGAUACCCUUUGUCCGCAAAAAUCAGCUGGAGGUCGGUGAUGUAGUCACAGUCUUUAGGGACGAAGACGAAGCAGGAAUCUGGUAUCGGAUUGAGAUCGAGAGAGGGAGCAAGCCACUUUCUGCUCUGUAUCGUGACCUUGAAGAGCAGCAGGUGCCAAUAUUUCCGCUCAGUAAUGUCAAUGUGGGAGUUGCAGACAGUAAUGUCAAUGUGGAGAUCGUUGCAACUAAGAUCCUUGCCAUCAAACAAGAGACGCAACUAGCCCCUGCAACUAUUCCGCCAAUUGCUCAGAAGGCUGAAGAGCUUAGUUUGAAGCCAAAUGACAUGAAUUUAGGGUUGACACUGGAUAAGGGACUGCAAACACCAAUGUUUGCUGGUACACUUCCCUUGCCGGUAGAAGAGGAACUCAAGAGCACUGGCGUGCAGCAGCAAAUUGCCCAUCAAACCCACCACGAUGAUACUAAAACAACCAAUUUGGACCCAAUUCUCAAUCAAACCAGUGCAGAUGAAUUUCAUCUGAACCUAAACCUGACUCUGGCACCACCUGUGGUGGCUUGGGAAGGAAAUCAGGCGCCUACAAUGGGAUUGUUUGGAACUGAGGCGGAAAACUUCAAUCCAAGGGUUGUUUUGAAUUUAGAUCUUACUCUCGCACCACCCAAAGUAAAUUAGGUGCCUUUAUUUGCCUGCCUUUGUUUGUUUGCCCACACUUCCCAGACAUUAGCUAGAUUUUUGAAUAUUCUCCCUUUCUUUUUCUUGAAUAUCCUCGAAAUGUAGUGCUGAAGUUAGUUCAUGUUUAUGCACCUCGCCUUUAGCUGGAUUAGUUUAAAGGUACGCCUCCGAGCGCAUUGAGCUGGGUUCAAUCCCCCCUUACCCCCAAAUUGCCCUUGUUCAAAAGAAAAAAUGUUAAUUUAU